AUGAACAACAAAAAUAAAAAUAAAAAUAAAAAAAACAAAGAAAAUGUCUUCUUUGCUUCUUCACGAUUCUGCAAUUGUCUACAAGUCUGACAUCUCAAAGCACGAAAUACAGUCAACCCCCUACUGCCCCAUUUGGAGCUUCUUUGCAAUGGGGAGCGAGUCCAACUUGGGUAGAGGACGCCACUACGACAUCAAUAUGUCCAGGAGGACCAGGAAGUCGAUGCUGAAUCUCCAUGUAACUCCACAGAUUCCUGAGACGGAUGUUUCAAUAGAAGAAUUCCAGCAACUCAUUCCGAAUGAAGAAGGGAGGGAGAGUCAUUCACUCAGUGGAGAUUGUGAAGAUAGCGCUGACCGCAAGAGCCUAAAGGAACUGAUCAAUGGGGAUGCAUCAGUUGCGAAGAUGGAGCCAGAAGAUCAUGACGAGCCCAGAGGCAGGAGCUCACUCAGCCAGCACUUCACGGAAGAGGAGAAACAGCUUCAACUCCAACUGGUGAGGUCAAAGCAGGGCCAAGAUCACGGUGGGGAUGGAUUGAGGCUCAAGGGAAUGGUCAGUCGCUGCGCCAAGGUCCUGAGCCAUUUGAUUAAGCACAGAGGUAACCGUCGCCCAAUCAUAGGCUCUAGUAAGAAGCUCGUCCUAAGGCUUCCUGAUCCCAACUAGCUGCUGGAAUAAUAUUCUAAUACAUCCAUGCUUUCCUCUGUCAUAGUUAUAUCCAAAACUGCGUACUAUAGUGAACACGUGCAUAGUUGAGCACCGGGCUGAACUCUGGUUCAUCUUUCUUGUUGUAUAGCAUUCACUACGCCUUCUGCGGCAUGUGGUAGGUACUCACAGAACUGAUGCAGAUUUCUGAUAGCAACUUAUAAUUAUUAAAAAAAAAUUCCUUUCUGGAAAA